AUGGUGCAGAUGGACUCCUGCGGGAUGGUGACAGCGGCUCCCCUCUGGGCAGCGCUCCCUCCCGCACUUUGCUUCCGUUGCUUGCCAGCCUGGUCGUUCACGGGUCCAUCGCCCAAUGAAGUGGAUUUCGGGCUGCUCUCCCGCACCAGUUGCUAUCUUCGUGCAUGGGGGGCGCCAGAUUGGCACAGCCCGGAUGGAAUCUCCUGGGCGGCAGAUAUCCAUCAGGAGUGUGCCGCUCAAGCCUCCUUGCACCAGUUGUGGUGGAUGCACGACCUCUUCCCGAAUCUCCCGGCAACCGCUCCAGCGCCUUAUCGCCAGGCCUUCUCUAGCUUCCCCCUAUGGUCUGGCGGUGUACCCGAUCAGGUUCUCAUCGCCACUGAUGGGAGCGGCGAGCGGGGAGGAGCAUGGGCCUUCUGCGUAUGGGUUUGGUGGCGUCACAAGUGGCACCGGGUUGGUUGGUUCGGCGCCGCGGGGGCCGAUACCCCUUGGAUCUCUGGCACUGCGGCCCCCGGGAGUGGUGUCUCCUUUCAAGCUGAGCUCUGGGCCCUGCAAGCCGCGGGCCUCUGGCUCCUCGCUUGGGCCGACCGUCUCUCCCUUCUGACGUCGGCAGCGCCUGCCAAGGUCACCAUUGCGGUUGACAAUGCCUCUGCGCUCCAGAUCGCGGCUGGGCAAGCGCAGGCCAGUGAGCCAGUCACCACCCUUACUCGAUAUAUCUGGCAAGCUGUCCAGUCCCGCAUGUCCACUCGCUUUCAACACGUGCACAGCCAUGUCGGCAUUCUCCCUAAUACGAUCGCCGACUUUCUCGCUGGCUGGGCCGGCCGGACUUCGUGGCAUCCCUGGAAACAUGUCGAUGCUGCCCUCCCCGCUCUGCUCCAGGAAGCGGCGCCUUGGCUCUGGCUCAUUCCACAUGCCAAGGUGAUCCAAGGCAGACCCUGUGUCCGCCUCACGGUGCCCUGUGCUGCUCCGUCGCUAGAGCCCCAGCGACCGUUGUCGCUAGCACCCUCGCUAUCCCUUCGCAUUGUUACGGCUAAUGUUCAAACAAUGCGAGAUUCUUGUGCCUCCUUCUUUAACCCGUCGGGUCAUGGCCAGAGGCGUCAAUACUUGUACUCUCAAGUCGCCCAACUGGGCCUCGAUGUAGUCUGCCUUCAGGAGACGCGCAGCAAAGGAGGCCGAUGGGACACAGCCGGCCUUCUCACCUGGCGCUCCGGUGCCCAAAAAGGUAGCUACGGUUGCGAAAUUUGGGUUAGGCCCCAGCUAGUUAACCCCCCCCUCCGCCUGGAUGACUGGCGGAUUGCCUGUGCAGACCCAAGACUUUUAGUCAUAGUAUGUAAACGGGCGGACCUCCCUUUGGCCGUUGUCGCGGCGCAUGCUCCACACGCCGACAGACCAGUGCCCGAAAUCCACCACUUUUGGUCCUCACUGCAAUCUCAGCUGUGCCAGCUCCCACGGGCCCUCACUUUGGUCCUGGGUCUCGAUGCUAACGCUGAUCUUCUUUGGGCCGAUGACGACCAUGCAUAUAUCGGAGACGCUCUUGGUAAUGGCGAGGAAGGAGCGGGCGAGCAAGGCCUUUUUGAUACCAUCCAGCGUUUUGGCCUCCUCGCCCCUGCCUCCUUCUCGGACCUUCAAGACGGCCCGGGCUGGUCCUGGGAGCAUACUGGCGGCACCCGCAAGCGUCUGGAUCACAUCUUGCUCCAGGCUGGCCCCUGGUCCUGCCGUCGCACCCGACAGCUUCCUGAGCUGGACAUUCUCAAUGGUCGUCGGGAUCAUAUGCCGCUUCUGGUCGAGUGCGACCUCCGGGGCCAGGCCACCCGGCCCAAGGCGCCGGCCCCGCCCCGCGCCACUGCUCUUAAAACCCAGCACUCCUGCUUGCUUCGGGCCCUUCCUCGCCCUCCACGCCGCCCCAUCCGACAGCCCUACAUCACAGCGGCCUCUGUCACCGCACUCGAUCGAGUUCGGCAGGCGCGAGAACAGCUCCGGCUGCGAACUAAUUUGGAGUGGCAGCAGCGCCGCUUUCUCUUGCAAGUUUGGCGACUGGGUUGCACACACCGACACCCCGAUGCUGCACCCUUGCGCCCUGAUCCGACGGGCCUGCAGCAUGCCCGCCUUCUUCUCCAGGCUUGUAAUCUCCAUGUACGGGGUCUUCAGCAGAAGGCCCACUAUCUAGCGAGGUCCGACAAGCUGGCUCAUUUUCGCACACUUACUCUGGAGGCGACCAAACACUGGGAAGCCAGCGGAGUCCCUUUGGAAUCCAUCCGGCAUCUCCGCUGGGCCUCUCGCAAGGCACACGAGCGUCGGUCUGUUCACGCAGCCGGUGGCUUCGACAUUGAUAGCGAGUUGGAGGCCCAGUUCCGCGACCAGGAGGGGGCCAGUCUGGUCAGCCCAGUGCAGCUCUCCAGCGCCGCUGAGCGAUGGAUGAACGAACCGCGCCUCCCGUGUGCCGAGGCGGUUCCCACCCUCUUGCAGAUGGAACAAAUGUGUGUCCGACAGGCGGCCGCCAAGGCCCCAGGACCAGACGGCCUGCGGAACGAGCUCUGGCGCACGCAGGGAGCCUCAGCAGGGCAGUGGCUCUGGCCCCUGUGCGUGCGCAUCGCUCUCCAAGGAAGGGAGCCUUUUGACUUUAAGGCGGCCAUUGUAUGCGCCCUUUACAAGAAGGGCCCAGCCUCUCUCCCUGCUAAUUACCGCUCUAUCGCGCUACUGAACGGCAUCGCGAAGCUAUGGCACUCGCACCUGCGCUCCACUGUGGGAGGCCACGUCUUGUCGCGAUACGAGCCUAUGCAGCUUGGGGGCCGCAAGGGUGUCCACACAGGAUUUGCGUUGGCCGCCUUCCGUUGUGCCUGGGACCUUUCCAUCUCAGCUGGCCGAUGUGUUGCCGUGGUCUUUGUCGAUAUCCAGGCCGCGUACUAUGAGGCCAGCCGGGAUCUCCUCUUUGAAGGCUUCCCUGAUGACACUGCCCUGCCAGAGCAUCACCACCUUGCUGGGCUGGUGCUCAGUCUUCAACAACAAGGGGCCCUUACUGCCUUGGGUGUUGCAGAGGAUGUUGUUGCACUCCUCCGUGACUGUGUCGCCCUCUCCCACUGGUCACUCUCUGGCUCUUCCAACAUUUUUCUUGCGUCACGGGGGUCUCGUCCAGGUGAUGGCCUAGCUGACAUCCUUUUUGGAGCCCUUUUCGCUGUUGGCCUUCAGCAUAUCCAGCGCGCUGCCACCCGUCAGGGAAUUGUUCACACCAGCGCCGGUGCUGAAGUUGGCCUCUCCCCAGGGGUCAAGCCCAUCGGUUGGGCUGACGACCUUGCGGUUAUGGCCGAUUUUGACCGACCAGCUGAUCUUCUUGUUCAACUGCCCGCGCUGGUCGGCAUUAUCCUUGACACUCUCCGACUCCUCCGAUUUCGUGUUAAUUUGGGUGCGGGUAAAACUGAGGCCCUUGUUGACAUCCGGGGGGAGGGCGCUCGAGCGGCCCGCGGAGCUCUCCUCACCGGUGAUGCCAUGUUAAAGAUCUCUGAUUCUGACAGCAUCAAGUUGUGUCCCGAGUACAAGUAUCUGGGUGUGGCUCAGCUGCCUCGGGAUACGGGCCGCCGCGACUGUGAGCUUGCCGCCCAACGAGGCGCCGCUGCGGCCUCCCUUGCUCGCACUCUCCUCUGCAGCAAUUGUUUGCCCUGGGAACUUAAACGGGCUUGGGUCGCGGGACGAGUCCUGCCCUCCGCUUAUUCCUCCCUUGCUAUGUCUCUGGCCGACUCCGGCCGUGCCACGGCCCCUCUCGCUGGCCUUUUUGAACGCACGGCCAGGAUCCUGCUGUCCUCAUGGCAGGUUGGGCACAAGCUCACCACUCCACUGCUCCGGCUCCUCGCUGACAUUACUCCUCCUGACCUGGCUACCACCAUCAGUCAGUGUCGCCUCUGCGUCCAGCUUUUCUGUAAAGCACCCACGGCGGUGCGUGACAUCGUCGACGCGGCGUGGAACAGGGCCCUCCCUUGGUGCCAGGCCCUCGUCGCGGCAUGUAUGAGGGUGGGCGUUGCGCUUGAGGUUUGGGACCCUAAUUCCCCCCCCGCCGUCACAGCUCUGUUUGUCCAAGACCACAGCCGUGCUCUUCUUCGUGCCUGCAAGGCACUCAGCAAGUUUGGACAUCGGUACAUUGCUCAGCUUUGGGAUGACCUUUCUACCCGUAGGGCCACCCAAAUUUUAGGACCCCCCCAGGCCCAUCGAUGCCCUGUGUGCAGCAUCAUCUUCCCGAGCCUGCACGCGGUCCGCGCCCACAUGCAUCGCAAACAUGGUGUGCUGUCCGAUGUGACAGCUUACAUGGCCGGCUCUGUCUGCCUCUGGUGCAUGCACGACUUCCACUCUUCGGACCGGUUGAAAUACCAUCUGCAAUCCCACCGGGCCUGCUUGCAUGGACUGCGGGUGACGGUGGGGCCUGUCUACCAGUAUGGGUCGGGCACUAAACGCAAGGGUAGAACGGCCCACAGGGGUGUUCCCCCACAACGCCUAUGCGGGCCCUGCAAUGCCACCCCAGCACAGCGCCGGGCCGAGGAUUUGGGUCUGCCUGCUGAUGAGGAGGAGCUGCAACAGGAGUGGGAUGCGGUGCAGCGUUCGCCGGCCCUCUCCGACCUCGUCCCCGGCAACUUGCAACGGGCCGCUGCGGGGUCCUCCCUCGCUGCUCCAACCCUUGCCGAACUUGGAUUUCCCUUCGCUACGGCCCCAGUCUCGGAACCCUCCCUGUCCCGCAUUGCUCCACCUUUGCCAUCUGUGGGCUCUCUGCCCCCUUGGCUCUCCUUUGUUGAUGGGGCUGCCUCAGGCCAGGAUUGGGCUCUGCCUACGCCCUGGUGGCCCGGGCUUCUUGCCAUGGGCGUCCUCCGUCGCGCCUCGUCUUCCGGGCUUGGUGCUCCUGUGUCUCUCGGCGAUGCGACCUCCGGCAGAUGGUCUCUGUUGGGGAUUGCUGCCGCCUUGGUCUCCUUCCGUAUGACCUGCAAGGUCGUUCUGCGGUUUGGCGCCCUUUGGAUUCCCGGGCGUCCCAGUCAACAGGGCCUUGUCCUCUUGCGGCGGUUGCUUCCUUCUGCCGUCUUCCUGGACUUCUGGUCCCCUGCUGGUCCUGUGUUUCUGGCUGCGAGCUCUGCUUCCUUGGCUUCGUCUGCUCGCGCCGUCAUCGCCGGUUCUUCUCUUGCGGCCCCGUCCUCGCUCUCUGUGCGGGCUUUCUGGGCCUAUCCGGCGGCUUGA